CAACGGGAGGCUACGCUGUUGGACCCGCCUCCGAGCUGUCAUGGCGGCGUGCCACGGCCCGUUCUCUGUGACGGAACGGUAUGCUGGGGUUUCUGUCGGCGCGGCAAGCGGGCCUGGACGAACCUCUUCGCCUCCGUAGAGCAGUGUCCACACGGAGGAUUUUGGGACUGGAAUUAAACAAAGACAGAGAUGUUGAAAGGAUCCACGGCAGUGGCAUUAACACACUUGACAUUGAACCUGUUGAAGGGAGAUACAUGUUAUCAGGUGGUUCAGAUGGUGUGAUUGUACUUUAUGAUCUUGAGAACUCCAGCAGACAACCUUAUUACACAUGUAAAGCAGUUUGUUCCAUUGACAGAAACCAUCCUGAUGUUCACCAAUAUAGUGUGGAAACUGUACAGUGGUAUCCUCAUGACACUGGCAUGUUCACAUCAAGCUCAUUUGAUAAAACUCUGAAAGUAUGGGAUACAAAUACAUUACAGACUGCAGAUAUAUUUAAUUUUGAAGAAACUGUUUAUUGUCAUCAUAUGUCUCCAGUUGCCACCAAGCACUGUUUGGUAGCAGUUGGUACUAGAGGGCCCAAAGUACAACUUUGUGACUUAAAGUCUGGAUCCUGUUCCCACAUUCUACAGGGUCACAGACAAGAAGUACUGGCAGUUUCCUGGUCACCACGUUAUGAUUAUAUCUUGGCAACUGCAAGUGCUGACAGUAGAGUAAAAUUAUGGGAUGUGAGAAGAGCAUCAGGCUGCUUGAUUACUCUUGAUCAAUAUAAUGGAAAAAAGUCACAAGCUGUUGAAUCAGCAAACACUGCUCAUAAUGGGAAAGUUAAUGGCUUAUGUUUUACAACUGAUGGGCUUCACCUCCUCACUGUUGGUACAGAUAAUCGAAUGAGGCUGUGGAAUAGCUCCAGUGGAGAAAACACACUAGUCAACUAUGGAAAAGUUUGUAAUGACAGCAGAAAAGGAUUGAAGUUCACUGUCUCCUGUGGCUGCAGUUUGGAAUUUGUUUUUGUACCAUAUGGUAGCACCAUUGCUGUUUAUACAAUUUACUCAGGAGAACGGAUAUCUAUGCUUAAGGGACAUUAUAAAACUGUUGACUGCUGUGUAUUUCAAUCCCAUUUCCAGGAACUUUAUAGCUGUAGCAGAGACUGUAAUAUUCUUGCUUGGGUACCAUCCUUAUAUGAACCAGUUCCUGAUGAUGAUGAGACUACAACCAAAUCACAAUUAAAUCCAGCAUUUGAAGAUGCCUGGAGCAGCAGUGAUGAGGAAGGAUGAAUAUCAAUACUUAGUACUUUUGUAUCUCUAUUGAUGAAACUUUUUAAAUGAGACUGUUUUUUGUCUUUUUUUUAAAGUGUCCAGUUAAAAUUAACCCUGAACUUGGGUGAUUUUUUUACCCCUGUGUUUUUGAAUGAAGUUAGUAUUUGCAUGAAAUCCUGAAA